AGCACGUCGUUAUGGGGGGAGUGGAUGGGGGUAAUACACGGAGACGAAGUGGAAUACGUGUUUGGUCAUCCUUUGAACAUGUCUCUGCAGUUCAACUCAAGAGAAAGGGAACUCAGCCUUAAAAUAAUGCAGGCAUUCGCAAGAUUUGCAACCACAGGAAAACCCGUGACUGACGACGUGAACUGGCCGCUAUACACAAAGGACCAGCCCCAGUAUUUUAUUUUCAACGCAGACAAAAACGGAAUUGGUAAAGGACCCCGAGCUACGGCGUGCGCUUUCUGGAACGAUUUCUUACCGAAGCUUCGAGAUAAUUCAGGUUCCGAGGAAGCUCCUUGUGUCAACACGUAUUUGAGCAAAAUCAGAUCUUCGUCAAAUGAACUACUGCCCCCUUCAACUUCUCUUGUCUUGAUAUGGAUCAUGACACUACUUAACGCUUUGUAGAUGGAAGAAAACCGUUGUUAAUAUGAGAGAAAUUGAGAAAAAUCCACAUCAGAAAUGGAAGCUUACCAAUGAAACCUAUAAAUCUGUGCUUGUAUGAAUGUCGCAUGCUCGAAAAAAUUUCAUGUAUUUGACUUCGUAUAAAUUCGUAUACAAAUAUAUACAGGGUCACUUAUAAAUCGUAAUUCUACCCUGUGCAGCUAUUUAUACUGAGUCAGUGACAAUCAUCAAUUGUUCUCAAUAUCUCGUGAUAUUCAGGAAUAAUCUUAUGUUAGAAGUAAGAAAUUGUGCUGCAUUUUUUCGUGCAUGUUUUUGGAAUCGAAAUUAAUCUUCAGAGAAUUAUGUGUUGAGUUUCAUAUUCGAUUCAAGGCUCACCAGCACCACUUCACAGUAUUCUGAAAAACAGAAAACUCCUUGGAUCGCGUAUUGAACAACUAAAAAUAGGAUGAUAUUGAUGAUACAAACGAGUAACUUAUACGAAUGCAAUGGGAAAAAUUUUGAAUUCAAUAGAAACUAACUUUAUUUAAUUAAUGAUAGUUGUCAUCCCAAGUUUUCAUUUGAAGAUUGAACUGAAACAGUUAUCAAAAUAUAUUUUCAAAACAAGUUUUGAAUAUCAAAGUUUUUAUUUUCCUUAAAUUGGUCACUUAUAUACAGGGUAUCGUCGGGGCGUAUCAAAGCUAUGUUUUUUGAAUGAAAAGAUAUGAAUUUUACAUCCCAUUCGGAUUCCUCCUAAGAAUAAACUUUAAAUAAUAUAAAGUGCUCUUCAAAUCAUCCAAGAAGUUCAUAAAAAUAUCAGAAAUAAUGUUGGAAGUACAUCUUAUACAUUUGUUUGUAUGUGUAACAACAAAUCAUAUUGAUAUUACUUGGCGAGUCAAAAGUAUAUCUCUAUGAUACACAGUUCAAGUACUUUCUGAAAUGAUUCACGUAGAAUUACUCCAAAAAACGUUUUGUAUUUCAAAUGAUACUAUCAUUAAUAUCAAUUCCAGUGUUCCAUUGUUAUCAAAUUGAAAUUCGAUAAGUUCCCAAUGCUAUUCGUCUGAAUAAAAUGAAAGCCAAAGUGUAAAUAUAAUUACUUUUGUUAGAAAAUGUAAAUUUUAUAUUGAUGAGUUGAAAUCUCAUACCUUAACCUACAACUGUAGCUUGAGACUGUACAUUUUUUAGGGUAUAACAAUGCGAUGUUAUUUGAAAUCCCAAUACACAAUGGCAUAUUAUUGUUGACAAACAGAAGGUAAGACACUUGAAAUCUUUAGACCACUGUAAAAUAACCUAUGAUAUUUCAAUUUGUAUAUCCUUUAUAUACACAUAGUCCACGCGAAAACAAUUCUCAAAGCAUUUUAGAGGUUCGUGGAAUGUUUCCAGAUUUGCUCGUGAAUCUCAACUGAAAAUCUCACCUCAACUAUACAUUGAUGAAAGUGUCGUGUAUACGAGUCCCUAAAUUAGGUGAGUUGAUUUUGUUUUUGCGUGUAACCGGUAUAGCGUUCAAAUGACAAAAAAGUGUUUUCUAUGGUAAUGCUAAUGUACAUAUCUGUCCAACACGCUUAUAGUCAAUUUGUCGAAACAAUAACUAUUAACAAAUUUUCGCUAGCUCAUGAACUUGAAAUACUUCUCAUAAUUUUCAAAAAUCCCGAAGUCGCAUCUCCUUUUUCGAUUCGAUAUUUCUCAGCAUGAACAAUUAUAUGCAAUGAACCAUCAUCAGUGGAAUUUCUCCUUUGAAAUUUUCACUUAUAAGGUCACUUUAUAUAGCCCGGAAUAUAGUGGUAAUAAAAUUUGAAGGUGUGAGUAAAAAGAAAAUUUAUUUUGCCGCAUAUCAACCUCCAUAUUAUUUUCAAACCUUUCACAAUUUGAGCAGGGAAUUACAUAAGAAACAUUAUUAAUGACGAUCUUGAAUUCUGAAUGAAUUUCUUGAUAUUUACAGGAAAUAUUCACUACUGAAAUGUCCAAUAAAAAAUUUAAGUUUAUCAGGAAAAAUUAUAUUUUCUGUGAUAAAUGAAUUUAUGGAAGUUGGUAUCUUCCAGGUUGGUAAUGAAUCGGCAUAAGAUGAAUGUCUUGAUCAUAUAAUGAGUUAAUAUCUACUACUCAUGAUGUUACGUGCUUCAUUGUUAUGAUGAAAGCUCAAACAUGUUAGAUUGCUUUCCAAAACUCAUAUAAUCACUCGUGAAUAUCCAUAUAAUUCAUUUUUCACAUCACAUGAUUGAACUAAUGAAUAUUCACUGGGAAUUGAAAUCUUGUGAUAUGAAUAUUGCUCCAUAAAUUCCCCAAAUUGACUAACAGAAGCUCAAUUUUUCGAUCACCUUCAUACUCGUAAUAUUGGUUCUUUCGUAGUGCAACUGAAAGAGUAACUAUUCAAAUACUCAGCAUGUAGCCCAGAAAAAGUGAUAUAAAAAUUUAAAGUGUGAGUAAAAAGAAAAUGUAUUUUGCUUCAUAUCAACCUCCAUAUUAUUUUCAAACCUUUCACAAUUUGGGCAGGAAAUUACGUAAGAAACGUUAUUGAUGACGAUCAUGAAAUAAGGAAAAGCUGCGAAAUGAACAAUUAUAUGAAAACAUUGGCAAAUCCAACAUUUAGACACCGCAUAAAAAUAUCAACUGUAUUGAAAAUAUGCAUUUGCUGAACAAAACUUGUGUCUGUUACUUUUUUUUUCAGUAUGACAUCUACAAUUUCUCAGCUACCCCUUAAGAGGGUUUCGAAAUUCUCAAAUUGUUGUAGGAUUCAUUGGUUCCUAGGUGCCUGAGCAAAUUCCUCUAGGAAAUGUUCCCAUUUUCCAUCUAAUGAAAAAUACAACCAAAUGUGGUUAUUCAUUCAAUGGAUUGUAUUGGGAAGGCAUGAAAAAGUCCAUGUAUUUUUUUUGAUUCUGCAUUUGAACUGUCACACCAAAAAGGCAUAAUAUGAUUCAGAAUUCAACACCUGAAGGUUUAGGUUUAGUACGUUAAACUUCGAUUCAUUCUGAAUUUUGAAGCCUGUUUGAAUUUACAUUAUACCAUAAUGAUUUUGGAAAAUAUUGUUCACGAAAAUUAGCACACAUCAGUAUCAGUUUGAUGACAUGGAUGAAAACACUUUUGUCUAAUUUCUACUAGUUAUUUUAUUUUUACGACCGGUUUCGAGUUUUAUCCAAUUAUCAAGUUGCGCUGAAAACUAGUUAGUUUUUAUACUAACCAACUAGUUUAAUACUAACUAACUAGUUAGUUUUUAUACUUGUUAAUGAAAUGAAUGAAAACACUUUUGUCUAAUUUCCACUAGUUGUUUUAUUUUCA